AUGUCUACCGUGGGCAAGACCAUCACCUGUAAGGCCGCCGUCGCCUGGGAGGCCGGUAAGCCUCUGUCCAUCGAGGACAUUGAAGUUGCUCCUCCCAAGGCCAACGAGGUCCGUAUCCAGGUCUACUACACUGGUGUUUGCCACACAGAUGCCUACACUCUCUCCGGUAAGGACCCUGAGGGUGCUUUCCCCAUUGUCCUCGGACACGAGGGCGCCGGUAUCGUUGAGUCGGUUGGUGAGGGCGUCACCAACGUCAAGCCUGGUGACCACGUUGUUGCCCUUUACACCCCCGAAUGCAAGGAGUGCAAGUUCUGCAAGUCCGGAAAGACCAACCUCUGCGGCAAGAUCCGAGCCACUCAGGGUAAGGGUCUGAUGCCCGAUGGUACCUCUCGAUUCAAGUGCAAGGGCAAGGAUCUGCUUCAUUUCAUGGGCACCUCCACCUUCUCUCAGUACACCGUCGUCGCCGACAUCUCCGUAGUCGCCAUCGAGCACGAUGCUCCUAUGGACCGAACCUGUCUGCUUGGCUGCGGUAUCACCACUGGAUAUGGUGCUGCUACCAUUACAGCCAACGUUCAGGAGGGUGACAACGUGGCCGUCUUCGGUGCCGGAUGUGUCGGUCUUUCAGUCGUUCAGGGUGCCGCUGCCCGUAAGGCUGGCAAGAUCAUUGUUGUUGAUGUCAACCCCUCCAAGAAGGCCUGGGGUGACAAGUUCGGUGCUACUCACUUCGUGAACCCCACCGAGCUCGGUGACCAAUCCAUCCAAGAUAAACUCAUUGAGAUGACUGAUGGUGGUUGUGACUACACCUUCGACUGCACUGGCAACGUUGGUGUCAUGCGUGCUGCCCUCGAGGCUUGCCACAAGGGUUGGGGUGAGAGCAUUGUCAUCGGUGUUGCUGCCGCUGGUCAGGAAAUCUCUACUCGACCUUUCCAACUUGUUACCGGCCGAGUUUGGCGAGGAUGUGCAUUCGGUGGUGUCAAGGGCCGCUCUCAGCUGAACGACCUUGUCGCUGACUACAAGAAGGGUGAUCUCAAGGUCGACGAGUUCAUCACCCACCGCAAGACUCUCGGCGAGAUCAACAACGCCUUCGAGACGAUGAAGCAAGGCGACUGCAUCCGUGCCGUCGUCGAUAUGCAAAAGCUUGAGCCUAAGAUUUAA